UCAGUAACCAAGGACAAAUAAUCCUGCCAUGGCGACGAGGCCACAACAAGGCUGGGUAUAUAAGCCAAGAGACAGGUGUACGGGCACAUUUCAACUCUCCGUCAGACUUCAUCGCCAGUCCAGUGAGAUUUGUUGUAUCAAACUGCAAUCAUGAGGGAAUGCAUCUCCAUCCACGUCGGCCAGGCCGGAGUCCAGAUCGGCAAUGCAUGCUGGGAGUUGUACUGUCUGGAGCACGGCAUCCAGCCUGAUGGUCAGAUGCCCUCAGACAAGACCAUCGGGGGUGGGGACGACUCCUUCAACACCUUCUUCAGCGAGACCGGUGCAGGGAAACACGUCCCCAGGGCCGUCUUCGUCGACCUCGAGCCCACUGUUGUCGAUGAGGUCCGUACCGGCACCUACCGACAACUGUUCCACCCCGAGCAGCUCAUCACCGGCAAGGAGGACGCCGCCAACAACUACGCCCGUGGUCACUACACCAUCGGCAAGGAGAUCGUCGACCUCGUCCUUGACCGCAUCAGGAAGUUGGCUGACCAGUGCACUGGACUCCAGGGCUUCCUCAUCUUCCACAGCUUCGGUGGCGGCACUGGCUCCGGCUUCACCUCUCUCUUGAUGGAGAGACUGUCCGUCGACUACGGCAAGAAGUCCAAGUUGGAGUUCGCUGUCUAUCCCGCUCCCCAGAUCUCCACUGCCGUCGUUGAGCCCUACAACUCCAUCCUGACCACCCACACCACCCUGGAACACUCUGACUGUGCCUUCAUGGUCGACAACGAGGCCAUCUACGACAUCUGCAGACGUAACCUCGACAUCGAGCGUCCAACUUACACCAACCUCAACCGUCUGAUUGGUCAGAUUGUCAGCUCCAUCACUGCCUCUCUCCGUUUCGACGGUGCCCUGAACGUGGAUCUGACAGAGUUCCAGACCAACUUGGUGCCCUACCCACGUAUCCACUUCCCUCUGGCUACCUAUGCCCCAGUCAUCUCCGCUGAGAAGGCCUACCAUGAGCAGCUGUCUGUAGCUGAGAUCACCAACGCUACAUUCGAGCCCGCCAACCAGAUGGUCAAGUGUGACCCCCGUCACGGCAAGUACAUGGCCUGCUGCAUGUUGUACCGAGGUGAUGUCGUCCCCAAGGACGUCAACGCUGCCAUCGCCACCAUCAAGACCAAGAGGACCAUCCAGUUCGUCGACUGGUGUCCCACUGGCUUCAAGGUCGGCAUCAACUACCAGCCACCCACUGUUGUCCCCGGCGGUGACUUGGCCAAGGUCCAGAGGGCUGUCUGCAUGUUGAGCAACACCACAGCCAUCGCCGAGGCCUGGGCUCGUCUUGACCACAAGUUCGAUCUGAUGUACGCCAAGCGUGCCUUCGUCCACUGGUACGUGGGUGAGGGUAUGGAGGAGGGGGAGUUCUCCGAGGCCCGUGAGGACUUGGCUGCUCUGGAGAAGGACUACGAGGAGGUUGGAGUCGACUCUGUUGAGGGCGAGGGAGAGGAGGAGGGUGAGGAGUAUUAAGUACAACUCCAUCCGCCAUCCCCAUGAUUCAACAUGAAAUUCAAUUUGAACAAGUGAAGAAACUUUGAUAUUUUAAAAACAAUUGGCUUUUACACCGAGGUGUAAUCUGAACCUUUACUCGACAAAGACGGCUAUCAGGUGUAAACCGAUGGUUGCUUUGUGCCAUUUUGUGCCAGAUUGAAUAAAACAUGUUGAACGUA